CGAGUGACAUCGUACCAUAAACCAUCACAGGCACUUAGCAAUCGAGUUAAUCACUUCUGCUUUGUGCGCCUGUGGUCUAGCAAUUUCUCUGUAGCACAAUGGCAGGCAAGGCCUCGGUCGCGCUGAUCCUGGCCGUCAACAUGGUCGUGUUCGCCGUGGCCAGCGCCUGCGGUGGCAACUGCCCCACGCCGUCGACCCCGUCGACUCCUACCCCGACGCCGGCCUCGUUCGGCAAGUGCCCCCGCGACGCGCUGAAGCUGGGCGUGUGCGCCAACGUGCUGGGCCUGAUCAAGGCCAAGGUCGGCGUGCCGCCCGCGGAGCCCUGCUGCCCGCUGCUGGAGGGACUCGUCGACCUCGAGGCCGCCGUGUGCCUCUGCACCGCCAUCAAGGGCAACAUCCUCGGCAUCAACCUCAACCUGCCGAUCGACCUCAGCCUCAUCCUCAACUACUGCGGCAAGACCGUGCCCACAGGAUUCAAGUGCCUCUAUUUAUCAACGGAGCACGUGCAGACGUACUGUGUGAAAAGUUUGCUUGUAACUGCAUGCGUUCUGACCAUGGCAUCCAAGGCCGUCCUCUUCUUGGCCCUCAACCUCCUCUUAUUCACGGUGGCCAACGCCUGCGGCAGCUGCCCGACCCCAACGCCCCCGGUUGUGCCGCCGCCCCCGCCGCCUUCUACCCCAUCCAGCGGCAAGUGCCCGGUGAACGCGCUCAAGUUCGGCGUGUGCGCCAACGUGCUCGGCCUCGUCAAGGGCGAGGCCGGCAAGGUGCCCGCUGAGCCGUGCUGCAGCCUCCUCGGCGGCCUCGCCGACUUCGAGGCCGCCGUCUGCCUCUGCACGGCCAUCAAGGCCAACGUGCUCGGCGCCGCCAUCGACAUCCCUAUCAAGCUCACCGCCCUCGUCAACUACUGUGGCAAGUGCGUGCCCAAAGGUUACAUCUGUGCGUAAACACUCCGCGGCUACACGCUCGUAGCCGCUCGCGUCCGUAAGCACGCAGCUCAUGGCAUCCAUGCGUUGGGUUUGCUGCUGAACUCUUCUGUCUCAUUUGUGCAACUUCGGUUCUGUAACCUAGAACCAUGCAUUUCGUCCAAAUGCUUUGUCAGUUUGUGUGUGUAUUGUGUCUCUUGACGAAUUUCCUUUCAUUUUUUGCAUUUGUUCAUAAGAGGCAUGCAUCUCCUUGAAGUGAACAGAGGAGUGUUGCUUCUAGUUUUUAUAUUUACGAAUCAUGUAAUCUAUUGGAAAAUAUUUAUUGUGUAUGUAAAAUCAAGUGCUUGAACUACCUGCCGUAAUAAUACUUAUUUCAUUUGUUAAUUGUUCCUUCUCUUUUGGAGGGACAAUGAAGCCGUUUGGUUACUCUCUCA